GCUUCGCCGGGUUUGAUCAUCGAGUUCCGUGCGAGGGGAACUGUCCAGCCGGGCGAACCCGCUCCCGACUUCAAGUUGCCGGCCAGCACAGGGGGUGAGCUCUCCCUGAAAGAGCUCCUCGAGGGCAACGAGUAUCUGGUGAUGUUUUUCCGUCCCUCCAGUCGCUUCAGAGGUGGAGGCCUGGACGAGGUCAAGUACUUCAAUCGAGCGCAGAAAGCUCUCGCAGAAAGAGGAGCGACCGUCGUCGGGAUACAGCGAGAGCCGCUCAAGGCGCUCCAAACGCAGUCGAAGGGCCUGGACCUAAACUUCCCUUUGCUCUGCGAUGUGAAGGGGGAGGUUGCGAAACUCUACGGGGCCUAUAUCGAGCUGGAAGAGCAAGGUCCUAACACAGACCGAAAGACUUUCAUCAUAGGCAAGGAUGGCUUCGUCAAGACCGCUUUCGUCGCUGUCGGGUACGACGCCGACAAGUUUGCGCUUCAAAACCACGUGGCAGAUGUCGUUCGUGUUCUGGGUGGUGAUCCCAAGAAGACGAAGGAAGACAUCCAACCAAA